CACCAACAAUGGCAAAGGCAGAGGCAGAGGCAGAGGCAGAGGCAGAUCCGAAGGAAGAAAAUGAGAGUAGUUACCAGAGGUACAAAAUCCUCAUUUCAAGCCUUCCGAAAGAGGAAGGUUGGGCAUUUGAGAAUUAUUUCUGCCAUUACCAAGGCUUCUGGUAUCCAGACAUAUAUUGCCCAGGAGUACUCGCAGUCCAAGACCACUUCAAGGCUCGCUCAAGCGACAUUAUCAUUGCAACCACCCCAAAAUCAGGCACUACAUGGAUCAAAGCCCUUCUCUUCGCCGCUGUUAACCGCGGUAUGUACCCACCCACCUACAAUCAUCAUCCCUUGCUCUCCGAAAACCCCCAGCUCCUAGUGCCAUUUCUAGAGAUAACGGUUUACAAUGGCGAAAUCAUUCCUGACCUCGAAAUCCUUCCCUCUCCCAGGCUCUUUGGAACUCACAUAUCUUUCACAUCACUGCCACAGAGGAUGAUCGAUUCUGGUUCCCGGAUUGUUUAUCUUUACCGGAAUCCAAAAGAUGUGUUUGUUUCCUUGUGGCAUUUUAAUAACAAGAUCAGAGCCACGGUCUCAAAGCCACCUUUGAGUGCUAUGGAAGCAUUUGAGAGGUUCUGCAAGGGGGUUUAUCAAUUUGGGCCUUUCUGGGAUCAUGUGUUGGUUUACUGGAGAGCUAGUCUGGAAAGGCCUCAACAGGUGUUGUUCAUCAACUAUGAAGAGUUACAAGCAGACCCAGGUGGUGUUUUGAAAAGAGUAGCUCAUUUUGUGGGAUUCCCUUUCACGUCUGAGGAAGAAAAAGAGCAAGGAUUAGUUGAUAAGAUCUUGAGGUUGUGCAGCUUUGAGAAUUUGAGUAGUCUUGAGGUGAACAAGACUGGAAAACACUCAAGUAGUCUUGGAUAUGAGGCUUUCUUUAGAAAAGGUAAGGUUGGGGACUGGGCAAACUAUCUUACAUCUGAGAUGAUUGAACGAAUUGACCAGAUCACAGAAGAGAAGUUCCAUGGUCAUGGCCUCAAGUUCUGUUAAGUAUAUUUUCUGAAGAGAUGAAAAUCUCCUUGUUUUUACAUGGUUUGCAGUGUGUUUUCAUUAUUCUGAUUGUUCCAUAUGUUGAUUUCAAGUGUAUAUAUUCCAAACUUGAACUGCAGCAUUAUAGAUUGUGGUUUUUAGCACUACAGCGUAUAGCACUUUCCAAAGGUCUUCACUCUCUUUUUAUAAUUGAAGGAGACAAUCAGAUGAUCUCCAGGCGUGUAUUACGUACAUUAUUGAAGACUGCCUCCAACUAUGCAAUUAAUUUUGUGAUGUCUCUUUUGUUCAUGUUUAUAGGGAAAAGAAUUCAGUAGCUAGCUGACUGUCUUGCAUCUUUUGGAAGAUCAUGUGCUAGCCUCUCUGUUCCCCAUAGUUUCCUUGUAAAUAAUCUGUCCUUGGAUUUUCAAUCCGUUCAUGUACAUCGCUCUUUUUCUAUUAAUUCAA